CAUGCAUAAUUUAUUAGGGCCGAACGACGAUAGAGCUGCGCUGCAGCUAUGGCGGCGCCGUUAGCACACUUCGAUGAUGAGUGGCAGGAUUUUAACGAAUUUAAAACGGUGUCCGGAAAGGAUCAUCGGCUAGACAGGGUUAAUCUGAACGUGCAGGAUGUCACGGGACUCUUAGAAGAUUUCCCGGAGCUUGAUAACGGUUUCUCCGGGGAAAUCGGUAGUUUUAAAUCGAUGGAGGACCUGGUGAACGAUUUCGACGAGAAGUUGACAGUAUGUUUCCAAAAUUACAAUACCAAGACGGAAAAUAUAGCACCCGUGAGGCCAAUCACCGAGGAAACUAUCCUGAAAAAUGACGAGAUCUGGAAUGCUCUGACGGACAACUACGGGAACAUCAUGCCCGUGGACUGGACGCAAUCUCGGACCCGUUCCCUCCAUCUUCCCACACUCAACCUGGAUGAAGAAUCUAGAGUGGAUAACGUGAACCUUGACCUGUCAGACGAUGAGGAGCUGAGAGAGCAGAUGGACAUGCACUCCAUCAUUGUCUCCUGCAUCCAUGAUGAGCCACUGUUCACUGCAGAACAGGUUAUUGAGGAGAUAGAGGAGAUGAUGCAGGAUUCUCUAGACCUGGAUGCUGAGCAGCACCCGUCUCAGUCUGACCUGUCUCUGCUCUCUCUGGAAUUACACAGAUCCAGCACCAGCCACAGCUAUGAGGAACGAGUGCGAACGCUGUCCCUGUCAGAGCUGACCGAGCUGCUGGAGGAGGUGGAGACAGCCAUCCGGCGCUACUCAGAGGAGCUGGUCCUGCAGCUGGCGCUGCGCGACGAGCUGGACUUUGAGAAGGAGGUGAAGAACAGCUUCAUCUCGGUGCUCAUCGACGUGCAGAACCGGCAGAAGGAACACCGCGAGCUCCUGAGGAAGAAGAAGAAGCUAAAGGCCGCGGAGAGGCGUUGCGACACCGCCAGCCGCGCUGACCGGACACUCGGACCGGGAACACGUUUCAGCAUGGAGGGCAUCUCUACUGCCAUUCAAAAUGGUUUCCGACAAACUUUUGGGACUGGGGGCGGGGAUAAACAGUAUCUGACCACCGUGAUACCUUAUGAGAGAAAAGGAGGCCCCCCAUCAGUAGAAGACCUUCAGAUUCUCACGAAAAUUCUUCAGGCCAUGAGGGAUGAUAGCGAUAAAGUGCCAAGUCUUCUAACAGACUACAUCCUCAAAGUGCUCUGCCCGACAUAGAAGCAGACGCAUUCUCACCAGUUCAUCACAACGACACACUCUGGAUUCAAAAAUGGCAGGAAGGGGGUUUUUUUGUCACUGUGAAUUUUGUAACAUACAAACAUUCUUUAUUUAUAUAUGCAUGAGAUUUUGCCUUUCCUUAAGGGUUUAUUGUGUUUUUAUUUUUGUUUGUCUUUUGCAUGUUUACUACAGUGUACAUACUGUACAGACUUCAAAAUGUCGUUGUGGGUUGGAAUUUUCAGCUUUUCAUUUUGCACUAAGCAUCCAUAAUAUUAAUGCCCAUAGCAUUUGGGCAUUUACAACAUGAGUCAAGGCUUUUAGAUCAUAGUCUCACAGUAUCCCACAGUACAAUGCAUGUAUGUUUGCAAACAACUAAGUACAACUUUGGGUAUAUUGUGGGUGAGAACAAUAAUGUCAAGAGGAGUAUGAAUGAGUUUGAGGAGUUAGAACUAGUUGUGAUGGGCUAAAAAUGUGGCCAUUGAUUGAAACAGGAAAGUGCAUCGGCAGUUGUGUUUAGAUUGAGGCUUACGCACGUCAGUGACAGACAUCAGUCAUGGUCCAACACCAAAGUUUUAACUGGUUGUUUUUGGAAGCUUAACAUAGUGUCCUACUAUAUGGCCACGUGAGGCUGUGUUAGCCUUGCUGCAGGUAUUUAGAAGACAGUCAUGUUACUUAGUGAUUGUAUGCAUUAGUCCAAACUGUAAUGAUUGUUUUGUAUACCUCAGAGAGAUACAGGCAGCAUUCGCCAUCAUUUUAUGGUAUGAUAAAUAUAAUUUCAAACUCUUUGAGGAUCUUCAGUGAAGAGUUCAUGUCUGCUGUUACAAGACCAGCCUUUAUGUGGCAUAGGAACCAUACAGUUUGAUUUAUUUGAAGUUGUAUUUUAUUGAUUGCAUUUUCCUGAUGAUCCUACUGCAGGUGUGGAAAUCAUUCAAUUAACUACUAUGUGAAAACAUGUUAUAAAAAUGUAAUAUAUAUUUCAUUAACAAAAUAUGGAUUGUAAAAUUCAGACUUAGCACUGUAAAAAAUGUAUUAUAAGAUAUUCUCACAGAAGUGGCUUGCAACCGCUGUUAUGUGUAGACUAUAGGAAGAAUGUAGAGGGUUGAAACCGAAGUAGCUCAGUGUAGAAUAGAUAUGAUUCUGAUCCGAUCAACCAUCUGAAUCAGAGCAUAGAAUCAGAACUGAUCCGAAUCCUUUCCUAUCAGUUGCUGUGCGGAGUAGGCCUUUACGCACUGAGUCUGUAUAUUUUAAUAGGACCUCACCUUAUAACAAUCAUGUUUGCAAACAGACUGCAAAACUUUCCGGAACAGGUCACAUUUCCUGCAUUUUUUGCAUCUGUAUAAUGUCAGUGAAGGAAGUUACCUACUGCAAUAUUAUGUAUUUGAUAGAACGGGGAAAAAACACCUGCAAAAUUGCGGAUUUCUUUGUGCAAAUAAGGCCGUGAUACUGAACAGGUUUAUUUUUAGAUGCUGUAUUACCAUCCCACAGUCUGAACAUCAGGCAGUCUAAAUCAGAUCCCAUGGUUCUUCAUAUGGUCUAGGUCUUCGGGGUGUUGCAGUUCCAAUCCUAAGGAUUGAAUGUUGAUUUGGUAGUAUGAUAAAGGUUAAAUUAAAUCAUUAAUUACCCUACAUACAGAAACAUACCCGGUCCUUCGUCUUUACAGAGGGCAGCUGGGACAUUAGGGAAUGCCUACGGGAAUGUACAGAAUAUGUGUAUAUAGGAUGCAUAUGUAUAUGCUCACUUGAUGUGCAUCGUCCCUUUUGUGUGUCUCACACCGCAGAUUGCGAACUGAGAUUAAAUCAUGUUGUGGUUAAAUAACUAAGCCACCAAAACCUGUCAAAAUAUGCAGUAUCAGGCCGAGAGAUUACGAUCUUCUGAAAGUGAUUAUCUUUGUGACACUGAAGCUAAACUAGCUCAAUAUUCUGGUAGCAAUAACAAACAAAAGAGGCUCCAAGGGAAACAAUAACUACCUGAACCCUCCUUAGCUGCGUUAUCAGUUGGGGACAUUUUGGACUAACCUGACUCUCGCCAGAUGAAUUUCUUUCCGCUUAGCUCCGCCUAGCUUCACUCACAUCCAUCUGGGACCUCUUCCAUUGAGAGUGAU